AUGUCUACACCUGAGCAGGAAUCGAGCAAAGAAUUACCCCACAAAAAAAACGACGCAGCAACGAAACCAGCGACUCAAAACGGCACAUAUGCUCCUAAACCCAUCUUACCCAUCAAGCGAGCCAAGCUCAUGUCCACCGCGACAUCCUCGGCAUCAUCACCAUCGCAACACUCGCCGCUCCAAACACGAGCUGCAUCCCCGCUCAUACUCAACCCGCCCAUAGACUCCGACGGGCUAAGCUGGCCCUCACGCGGCGCGCGCUCGCGCAUCGAUCAGACGGCAGACCAAUCAUCGCAGCGCGAGCGUCGUAUAGCCGACGCCGUACAGGUGAUCUUGGAGGAGCUAGGCGAAGAUACCACGCGGGAGGGCCUCGUCGAGACGCCCGAACGGUACGCGCGCGCCAUGCUCUACUUCACUAAAGGCUACGAAGAAAACAUCCGCGACGUGAUCAAACGGGCCGUGUUUGAAGAAGACCACGACGAGAUGGUGAUUGUGCGCGAUAUUGAAAUCUAUUCGCUUUGCGAGCAUCACUUGGUUCCCUUCUUUGGCAAGGCUCACAUUGCUUACAUUCCGAAUAAGCGCGUGUUGGGGUUGAGCAAAUUGGCGAGGUUAGCCGAGAUGUACUCUCGUAGGUUCCAAGUCCAGGAAAGAUUAACGAAACAGAUUGCCAUGGCCCUAAGUGAGAUUUUGAAGCCGCGCGGUGUCGCUGUUGUGAUUGAGGCGACCCAUAUGUGUAUGGUUAGUCGUGGCGUGCAGAAGACUGGGAGCUCGACUACUACGAGUUGUAUGUUGGGAUGUUUUAGAGAUCAGCAAAAGACGAGGGAGGAGUUUUUGACUUUGUUGGGUAGGAAAUAG